CCGCGCUCUUCACGAUUAUGUAAACAGUGAGGGCGCCGCUGACGUGAGGCACCGGGGGACUAGGAGGCAGUGGGUCACGGCCUCCCACCUUUCAUGUGAACGGGUCCCGUUGUCUGUACGCCUCCGGGACGAAGCGGCGGGGUUUAUAUAUAAAAACUACACAUGACUUAAGACUUCAUCUUCGCUUCUUGUUUAAAAACCCGACCUCUCUCGCGCACGCGUGGUGUUUGGUGAGCGCUUAGCAACGGGACGUGGAGCGGGGAGUGCGCGGCUCGCCGUGCGCCGCGUCGCUUGGCUCAGUGCGAAUUACCCCCGGGCCGCGGCCUCCCUCUCUCUCUCUCUCUCUCUCUCCCUGGCCGGCCCAUGACGUAACGCUGUGUGCGAGCGCUCGGCGGCCAGCACCGGCGUCGGGACGUGGCUAAAAAUACAUUCGGCUGUGGAGUCGGCGACUGCCGUCAUUGCCCCCACGGAGCAGCGGCCAAUAGAAUCAGGGCCGGGGCCUGAGCUAACUGUGCCGAGUUUUGGCCAUGCAUGGAAAUGUAGGCGCUGAGGAGUAAAAUUGACAUUGCGAGGAAAGGGGAUCUAGAGCCAAAGAUUUGCUAAUUCGGACAGGUGAUGUACUUCUAGUGUCUACUAGAUUUUUGUCCCACAAAUUUCCUUGGAGGAAGAGGGAACGUGUCAACAGUGACGUUAUUCUACAGAAAAGGAAAAAAAUCGCAACUGGAUCCACACACAAAAAUGUGACAACUCCUCCUCUACGUGCUUCAGAGCUUGAUUUUAUUUUUGUGAGGGGGUGACUUGUGUCGAAGAAUCCCAACGAAAUAAGCCAGCAAAGUGCUGAGAUUCUUAAUCAUGAUGUUUCGAGAUCAAGUCGGCGUUCUGGCAGGAUGGUUUAAAGGUUGGAAUGAAUGUGAACAAACUGUAGCUUUGUUGUCCUUGUUGAAACGAGUGAGCCGGACCCAGGCUCGUUUCCUUCAGAUUUGUCUAGAGCAUUCUUUGUCCGAUUGCACCGAGCUUCACAUUCUCGAGGGAGAGGCAAAUGAUGCCGCAUUCAUUAAUCAAUGGCAUCAAGAAUCUAAGGACAAAGUAAUGAUGUUGUUGCUGACCCAUCUUCCGUUACUGAAGCCAGGAAAUAUUGAUGCAAAAAUAGAGUACAUGAAGCUUUUACCUAAAAUUUUGGCUCAUUCUAUUGAGAACAAUCAGCACAUAGAAGAAAGUAGACAACUCUUAUCCUAUGCUUUGAUCCAUCCUGCCACCUCACUGGAGGACCGAAAUGCACUAGCAAUGUGGCUCAACCAUUUAGAGGAUCGCACCUCUGGUUAUGGAAACCAGAGUAGAGGACGCCAGGAUUCGAUGGAUUUUGGGCAAACUCUUUAUUAUCACCAAAGACAGAACUCUGAUGACAAGCUCAAUGGUUGGCAGAGUUUACGUGAUUCGGGGAUUUGUGUGUCUGCUUCGAACUGGCCAGACAAGAACCAGGCUUGUGAGAAUGGACAUUUGCCUCUGUAUUCUUCUACAUCUGUACCUGCAACUAUUAACACUAUUGGGACUAGCACAACCACAAUUCUCUCAGGCCAGACACACCACAGUCCUCUGAAGCGCUCAGUAUCUCUUACCCCACCAAUCAAUGUGCCAAAUCAGCCUCUAGGUCAUGGAUGGAUGUCCCAUGAAGACCUGCGAGCAAGAGGACCUCAAUGUAUCCCAUCAGACCAUGCUCCUCUCUCCCCACAGAGCAGUGUUGCUUCUUCUGGUAGCGGUGGGAGUGAACAUCUGGAAGAUCAAGCAGUGACACGUAACACAUUCCAAGAAGAGGGCAGUGGCAUGAAAGAUGUUCCAGCCUGGCUAAAAAGUUUGCGUCUGCAUAAGUAUGCAGGUUUAUUCUCCCAACUCACAUAUGAAGAAAUGAUGGCACUCACAGAAGUUCAACUGGAAGCACAGAAUGUUACCAAAGGUGCAAGGCACAAAAUUGUCCUCAGUAUACAAAAGCUGAAGGAGAGACAGAAUGUACUCAGACUGUUGGAAAAGGACAUUCUUGAAGGUGGCAAUCUACGUAAUGCACUCCAGGAGCUGCACCAAAUGAUUCUUACCCCAAUCAAACCUUACAGUUUCUCUCAUAGCCAGAGCACAAGUGAGCAGAACCAAACCUUUGACUCUCAGUCCUCUAUAAUGAGCUCAGAGAGCAGCUUAGGAAGUCGGCUAUCUGAUGUGAAGGAUUCUGCUGCGGGUGGCAUUCAGCAACAAAAUGUCACAGGGUGUGAGGGUGAGUCGGGAGGUGCUGUUGUUCCAGAAGGGGAUCUGCCUGGACAGUUCACAAGAGUCAUGGGCAAAGUGUGUACACAACUCCUUGUAUCCAGACCAGAUGAAGAAAACAUAAGUUCCUACCUGCAACUCAUAGACAAAUGUUUAGGUCAUGAGGCUUUUACGGAAACACAGAAGAAAAGAUUAUUGUCCUGGAAACAGCAGGUUCAGAAGCUCUUUAGAUCUUUCCCCCGGAAAUCUCUCUUGGAUAUGCCAGGCUAUCGACAGCAAAGAAACUGGGGUUUCAGUCAGUCCAACUCCCUACCAGCAGCUGGAUCUGUGGGUGGAGGAAUGGGUAGACGAACUCAACGUCAAUUCCAGAUGCCCCCUCGAAAUAUACCCACUGCUCGUCUGGGUCUGAUGGGUCCAAGUGGACUCAUGGGUGCCCCACAGCGCAGUGCAACCAGCAAUCCAGCCAUAUUAAAACAAGGAAGGCAGAACCUAUGGUUUGCUAACCCUGGAGGAAGUAAUAGUAUGCCAAGCCGAACCCAUAGUUCAGUCCAGCGUACACGCUCGUUGCCUGUUCACACAUCACCACAAACCAUGUUGAUGUUUCAGCAGCAAGAGUUCCAAGUGCCAGUGACAGAACCUGAUAUAAACAACAGACUGGAAUCAUUAUGUCUCAGUAUGACUGAACAUGCCCUGGGUGAUGGCGUUGACAGAACUUCUACUAUCUAGAAGGUUAAACUACACCAGUUGGUGCUGGCUCUGAAUCUUAUUAGUAAUGGGUUCAGACCACGUUCACAAGUUCCAGUCACGUGCCCUGGUCAGGGUCAACUGAUAUCUUGUGUUAUGUUUCUGCAAGCUGUAAUGAACAUUUUAUUUUUGCGCAAGUGUUUGGAUUGUCACUGUGUCAUCAAAUCCUGAAGCAUUGUCAGGCCAAAUAAAAGUACUUCAGUCCACGAAAAGGAUUUUGCAGUGAAACAACCUCAGAGAAGUCGGCAGAGCAGUUAGUGUAGAAGUGUCAGAUGAAUGGGGUAACCUUUUGUAGUGACAAGAGGUGAAUUUCAAUAGUGGUUGGUUACAUUUCUGUACCUAGAAAUAUUUCUUUAAAAAAUUCUGUAAACUUGUACUAAAAAUGUGCGACCAAAAGAAAGAAAGUGCAACGUGUAGGGUGUCUUUCACCUUAAAUGUAUCUGAUUUGGUUGUUGAGCUCUUUUCAGAAUUGAAGUACUAUCCUCGUGAAGAGGAUUCUGAGAUGAAUAAUUUAAGUGCAACUAAAAUUGACUUGUUGUUUACAUAAAUAUAAAGGGUACAUAAACAUUUUCAGGUAUGCCAUUGUUAUUUGUAUUGUCAUUGUUAAAGCAUUUUUCCCCCUCUGCAAUAGCAGCAGGUUUGCUCUUUUGAUUAGCAGCAAAGCUAUGCUUCCAUGGGAUAGUUGCUUAUUCUAAAAGAAAGCCUAAGUGCUUGACCUAAGUGGGCACAGAUGUUAAAGAUGAUGAAAGUGAGAGAGGGGAUUCUGGAAUGUUGUUGAAUGCUGGAGAGUUAUGUGAUACCUUAGGAGUUAAAGUAAAUCAGUUUAACUGUUGGCAAUAUGCUGUUUGCUCUUGUUUUGCUUCAGAUUUUUGCCUCCCCCCACCACCACCCCUGCAAAAAGGCCCAAUGUUUACAGUUAAAAUUGUUGGUACUGUACGCAAGUUAUCAGAUCCUAAAUAUUUUCUACAUCCCUUCCCCAGCCACUUACCCAAAGUGUUCAAAAAUCUGCAAUCUAGAGAUUAAGCAUCCAAGAGUGUGGAAGAAGGCGAGUUUGUACAAAAUGUAAGGAAAAGGAAGGGUGAGGACUGAGAAAAAUAAGAACGAAACUGGAUGAGGUUGAAUAAAUAUGGAUAUUUUGUCAGAAAGGGAGUUGGAAGUGCAGUAUUAUAGAAAUUGGUGAAAGCAAAGUGUUUAACCAUUUUCACAAAAAGUGCAUUUAUGUUUAUACAUUGAAUGCAGGUUCAAACAUUUAAUGUGACUCCAUUCAUGCUAACACAAAAACCUGUUUAAUGAGAGUCCUUAAAAGUAUUUACAAAUCAGAAUUGAUAUUUAUUCCUCCACUGAUUUAUAGAUGCAGAGGUUAUCUAUUAAUUAGAUGUAUUAUUUUAGAUAUGUUAUGUAUUAACUUGCUAUGGCUGGUAACCAUGAGUAUGUCUCAAAAUAUUAACAUCCAUUUAGUUAAUUUUUAAUAUUAUUGCUUAUUUCUAUUGAUGAGGUAUAGUUUAAAUAUUUACAUUGAUAAAAAAAAUUGUUUUGCUAAGAAGUGCUGUCUGGUGAAUUGAUUUUAACAUGUGGCUUUGUCUUGAGAACACUGAUGCCAUUCUGGUUUUUUUCGGUUGAGUCCUGUAUUGACUGCAGGUGUAGAGCUUGAUUAAUACUAUCCUAUGUAAAUUGAAUUAUUUAUGAAAUGAUGAUUGCAUGCAUAUAAGGCUGUGAAGUCAAAUAUUUAGAAAUAAAGCGGCAGUGCCUUUCCUUUUGUAUCUUCCACAUACCCCAAACAUUAACUGUUUUAUACAGAACAAAAUAGCACCAUUAAUUGAAAAACAAAGGUGAGAAGACGUAUUCUUGAUAUUUAUAGUCUUUGUUUUUGUUUGGUUAAGUGUUGUGCACACUGAAUAUCCCUGCAAGCCCAGCACAAAGCCUGGUGUAGUAACUGAUUUGCAUAUGUUUGAAGUGCUUAACUUUUUGUGGACAUUGGAAAAACUUAGUAGUGGAACCAUAUAAAACAACUUACUGUAGCAAGCUGUUCCAGAAAUGGAAGUUUUCUAGAAUUUCUGCCAGGUUACUGUAAUGCCUUUAAGAGAUUAUGGCUGGAAAACAAGACCUCUCGUAAUGAAGAUAUUUUAAAGUUCAAAGCAAAGUCUUGCAAUGGAUGUGUGUGCACUAUAUAUAAAAGAAAACUAGAUUAAAAUUUUUAAAAAAUUGUUUUGUACAAGCCAUUAACAUUUGCUAUGAUGGCUUUUAUUUUUUGUAUUUCUUUAUCUUGAUUCAGAAAAUAGUGAAUGUUUAUUCCUCUGAGAGGAAUAGGAAGCAACGCUAGUAGUAAUUACCUGGAUACUUCCUCCCUCUUUUUUUAUAUUAUUCCCUAAGUAUUUAUGGACAGUUUUGUUGAAAAGUUCAGUGUAGAACCUUUUUCUCUCUUUAAAAUACACAAUCCCAUAUUACUUUCUUUCCUUUGUUGCAUGUCAGGCAGAGGCAACCCCAUAUGGUAGGUGCAUGCAUGCUAAUGUUCUUGUUUUCCUCUGUAAAGAAGGUAGUGUACAAGAAAUACGUUUCUUGCAUAGUUACUGCUGCACAUAAAUGCAUAUUUUUACAGUUUGUCACCUUAUGGAAAAAGCACGUUUGUUACAUGUUAAAGCUUUAUGACAAACACUCAUGUUUUACUUGCUGUUCUUUGCAAGUGUAUAGUUUUCAAAUGUUCUUGUUUAAAGUUACCAAUGAAUUACUCUUGUGACUUAAAACAGCAAAUGCUACAAUGUAUUUAUUUACUCCCAAUUCUGUCACUUAACUAAAAUGAUGGUUAUUUCAUAUCAGCAUUAAAUUGAAAGUGAAGGGAGAUAAUACAAGUUUUUGUAACAUUGUGGUGUAUGUGUUUGUUUUUUCUG